ACUAAGUUGGUCGAAAAUUUUGCUACAAUUUGUGAGGUAUUUCAGCAACGGACUUCAGAAAAACAUGGAAGAUGCAAAUUAUUCUAUGGAGGUUCCGAUAAUUGACGUAAGUGAAAACUCAACGGGACUAAUUUUUCCGCCAGAAAUUUUUGUUUCAAGAAGAGAAGAUUCCCCUGUGUGGAUAAAAGCUACAAACGGUGUCGUUUCAACGGUCUCUCUUCUAUCACAGGCAAUUGUGAUUUUGAUUGCAAAAGGGCUAGAAGGAGACUAUUCUGCGAAAACUUUGAUGUGGGUGCAGGCUAUCUGCGAAACUUCGAAGCGACUCUUCAAUACAAUCUUGACAUUUCAAAACCAAAUACUCGACGGUGGAAACUUCUAUACGCUGUCUGACACCAGCUGCAAAAUCAUGCAUAUGCUCAGUUUCAUGACAAUGACCGCACCAGAUUGGAUGGCUGUGCUCGUGUCGCUCGACAGAAUCAUCGCUGUCCACAAGAAAGGUGGAGUGUGGUACAAGCAGAACUGCACCAAGAAGGCAGCCUUCAUCCCUGUCUUCAUUGCAAUCUUCAUCCUCUUCGUCAUAGGCGCUCCACGGCUGCUCUAUUUCGGUAUUGAUGAAGCUGCCAAACGCGCCAAGUGUGCUCCGAAGACAUCAAAUGUACUCAUCCAGAAUACUCGGGAACUGAUCUCGCUCCCGAGUAUCCUAGUCAUGGCAGUUCUGACGACGAUCCUGGUCGUAAUGCUGCGACGGCGAAUGAAGGGGACGAACAAUCGAGUAAAUAAUGACACCGCUCAUGUGCAGAGAGUACUGGAUAACAACGCGGUGUCUCUAGCUCUGAUGGUUUACUGCGUACUGUACUGCAUAUUUGGGAUAGCCCAACAAACACUGCUCAUCAUGAGCAACAGGGGAGUGACAACGAGUAAUUUGGUGCGUCCUUUGGCACACACUUUGUCUGCAGUGGGACUUGGAGCGAGAGCAUUCAGCUACCUGGCCAUACCCACCAUGCGCAACGCACUCAAAAACUCAGUCAAGAACAUCUGUUCUUCUAAAUAA